AUGUCAUUGCCAGAAGUACAGCCUUUUUCUGGUAGGCCAGGCGAAUGCUUUAAAAGAUUUGUGAACUCCUUUGAUAUGAAGUACCCCAAGGAAAAGUGGAGGGACUCUAACAGAGUGCAAUUAUUUCAAAGUUUCCUCAGAAAAAAUGCGCUGACGGUAUUCGAGACUUUGCCAAGAGAGAUACGUGAAGGUACGUACGAUGGGGUGAUCGAGGCAAUGAAAGCUAGAAUGCGCAUAGAUGGGAAUAGUCAACGCGUUAAAGCCCUAGCUAAUCUGCGCUUACUAGCGUUGAAACCUGGUCAGCCGCUUAGCGAAUUCUGCUUUGCCUUAGAGGGCCUAGCGAAUAGGGCAUACCCAGACAUGCCACCUGAAGCAACCUCGUUGCAGAAGGCCGAGAUUCUAUGUAGGCAGCUAGCUAACUGGGAGGGAAGUUACUGCCUUACUGAGGCAUUGGAGACCAGUAAGUGUGAAGAGGCUUAUGAAAAAGUAAAGGAGGCAGCCCUAAGGUUAGAGAGAAGCCUAAAAACAGCCGAAGAGUGCAGACGGUUAGAUCAAAGAAGAAGUGAAAUUAGGCACGGGCAACUUACCUUUAGACGAGGCGAACCGAUCGACGACAGAAGCCCAAAAAGUAGCCCGAGAAGCGACCCGGAAAAAGCAUCUAAACCUACGAUAGGACACAGACCGCAAACCGCGCCCAAUUUUCAAAAGAAAAAACGGGAGAAUGGUUCACCAAGGUGCUAUAACUGCGGUAACAUGGGGCAUCUAGCCAAAGAUUGUCGUGAUAGACUUGGCAGGCAACAAAGUACCCCAUCAACAGUGAGUGCUCAGCAGAGGCCUAAUGCAGCCUACGCCUCCCUAGUAGAAAAGUGGGUGUGCACAUCGUUUCGGGUACCUGAGUCGGAAACAAGUGAGCUGUUUGGGGACAAGCCGCUGGCAGGUAUAAUGCUAUGUGGUAUCGAAGCAACGGCGCUAUUAGAUACAGGCUCCCAAACGACCAUCAUUCCAGUGAAACUGUUAAAGAAAGCGAUAGAUAAAGGUAUUGAUCUGGACGAACACAUUGAGCGCAUACCCGGACCGAAUACCAAAGUGCGAGACGCUUCAGGGAAUGUAAUGGAAUUUCUGGACACUAUCCGGGUCCAAGUAGAAAUGGUAUCAGCUUUUGUGGGAAGAACUCCAGACGAGGUGGUGAUUUUGGGCACCAAUGCUCUGGAGUUGUAUAACCUAAGGCUGUUGAAGAUCCCUGACACCAAAAGUGAGCAGUUGACCAGUAGCACAAAUCCAAGUGUAGCCGCCAGAGUCAAAAACAGGACUUAUGUUCCGUCCAAAGCGGUAGGCAUGCUAAAGUUGACAUGUUCACGGGUUUCUGCAGUAGAUACGCCACUCCUCUGCUCUAGUCACCCAUUCAUACCGGAUGGUAUAUGCUGCUCGACAGACAGAAAUGAGGUCAGCAUACCUGUAGUUAACCACUCCAAUGAAGGCUUAGUUUUCAAAAAAGGAGAAUUAGUAGGUGAGUGGGAAGAUAACGCUUGGAUUAAGCCAAGGUAUAUCGAGCCUGACAGGAAUAUGCUGGAUCUGGAUAGACCUAGAGUGGCUUCUUCCGAGAGUCGGAAUGAUAGGCUAAUGAAAAUUAUCCUAGACCAAAAUCCAAUACCUGAUAAAGCAGCAGCGUUGUUGAAGGAAUUUAACGAUGUGUUUGCUGUAACCGACGCAGAGUUGACGCAAACUGAUCUAGUGGUCCACGAGAUCGACACAGGGGAUCAUAAGCCCAUAAGGCAAAAAACUAGGCCUGUUCCCAUAGCAGCACGCAAGGAAUUCAAAGAAACUAUCAAAGAUCUGGUAGGAAGAGGCAUAGUUGAAAGAAGUUCCUCUGAGUGGGCGUCUCCGGUGGUUUUGGUAAGGAAGAAAGAUGGCACUCUGAGAGUAUGCAUAGACUACAGAGAGUUGAAUAAGGUGAUUCGGCAAGAUUCGUACCCCUUACCAAAAAUUGAUACCGUGCUACAAUGUCUCGCUGGGAAGAAAGUCUUCUCUACGAUGGACCUCGCCUCCGGAUAUUGGCAAAUACGUCUGUCCGAAGAUGCGAAACGGAAAAGUGCAUUCACAACGAGUGAGGGCUUGUUCCAGUUUACGGUGCUGCCUUUUGGUUUAUCAACGAGCCCAGCAGUUUUCCAAAGAAUGAUGGACAUGGUUCUAAAAGGUUUGGAGCUAGAAGACGAAGUUUUCGUGUACAUUGAUGACAUCCUAGUAGCCACAGAGUCAAUAGAGCGACAUUACGUAGUUUUACGGAGAGUGUUUGAGGCGCUACGUAAAGCAAACUUGCGGCUAAAGCCACAAAAAUGUACCUUCUUCCGAGAAAGCGUGUCGUUCCUCGGACAUUACAUCGACAAAGACGGAGUGAGGACGGACCCAGAGAAGAUACGCAAGAUCGCUGAGUAUCCGUUACCCACAAGUGCCGCAGAGCUAAGGACAUUCUUGGGAAUGGCCUCUUAUUACAGAAAGUUCAUAGCGGCAAGAGCAACCACAACAAGAAGGAAAAAAAGGCGUCAGGCAAAAGUUAACAAUGUUGUUUGCAGAGCUACGACGAACGGCGACGAUACGAGCCCCCUCGGUCUAUUCUUCCGCUGUCCAGGAAGAUAUGGACAAAGUGACGAUGGAUACGUAUACUCCUGCACGAUUCAAGGAAAAACAUUCAAAGAUGUCGUCCCGACAGCAUCAGAAGCUAUAGGAAAUAUCCACUUCGAUUCCAUUUUCGCUCUUGCUCGUUUGAUUUCUAUAUACGAACACGAGAGGAGCGAAGAGCGCAGACGUUUUUUGAUGUUAGACUCGAAACAUUGUAGUAUUAGCAGUUCCGGUGUGCAGAAGGCAUACCUAUUUUAUAAGAAAUAUUGUGACCAUGUCUUUCGGACCCUAACCCUUCAUGACGGUUCGUUCCUAUGUCUCGCGCACGAUGGUGGAACUGGUCUACCAUUGGAGGAGCUCAACCAGGCCACCAAUGAUGCUGUCCGAUACGCCAAGCUCAAUGAUUGGGACGAAAUGGUCAGAAGUGAACGUAUCAAAAUCCUAAUGAUACUGCCGGACAGCUUCCGCACCGUCAAUAGUGCCUUUAAGGAGAAUCCGGAUAUUGAGCGCCGCUUAUACGGCAGAAUCAACGACAUCGGAGGACUCCUGGAGAGCUCCACAGCCCGCACCUGCAUACUCGUGGGGCCAACGACAGCUGCCCCAUGUCCCAAACGAGACUGGUGCAAGCUGGCAUCAGCAAUGGCCGCAGCAGCACGUAUGGGCAUGAAGAUUGUAGCAGUAGCGCCACCGCGAGGAGAUGAGGCGUAUUUGCAGAAUAGAGCUGAUAUGAAUGACGCUAUCAAUCUUGCCAAGUCUGCCGCAGUCCUAAUGAAGCAAGGGCUAUGCAGCUUAAUUCCAGCAAUUGAGUCCUCGCAAGAACCUUCACAUGGUCCCGGCGCUCAUCCAAGGAGUUCCACAUCAGAAGCAUAUUCGGAAGAAGUUCUAAAAGAGUACUUCGAAGCGCUGCGAAGUUACGUCAAAGCAGAAGUGGAUCUUCCACCAUUGAUAUCAGCUGCUAAGGGGCGCCACUCCCGGACGCGCCAAUAUUUCAAGCAGAAAAAAGAGGCACACAAAUCAGUAACCGGUGGAGUUUCAAAAAGCAACUCAAGGCACAAAUAUCCUUUCUUCAGGAAUGAUCACCAUAGGACGCACGCAAAUCCAAUGAUGAUGACGCCACCACCCUUCCCGAUUCUACAGUACCCGCCAUGGAUGGUUCAGUCAACACCGACAGCACCGAACCGAGGCUAUUAUUCACGUGGAAGAGGACGUGGACGCCGCGGUUAUCCCCAGAGACCCCGUUAG